GAUUAACCGUUUUCCUGAAUCAAUCGUAAAGCUGAAAUCAGGAGAGCUUAGGGCUUUUUCCCCAUUCUAUUCAGAUUUAUUUUAUUUUGUUCCUUACUACAUCGACUGUGAAAAAGUCGCCAAUUGGAUUUGGUAUCUCAUCGUUGCAUUUGUAACUCGAUCGGCUUUGAAAGGAAUCGACAAUGCCGUCCGGUGAAGAGCAGGUGCAUUUGAUGAAGCAGCGUCAGAGCUUCCGGAACCUAUGGCACACAGAUCUCAUGAGCACCAUGGCUGCCGAUACUCCGUAUUGCUGCUUUGCUUUGUUCUGCGGACCAUGUGCAUCAUACUUGCUUCGUAAGCGAGCUCUCUAUGGUGACAUGUCAAGAUAUCGAUGCUGUGGUGGAUAUAUGCCCUGCAGUGGUAAGUGUGGAGAACGUAAAUGUCCAGAAUUUUGCCUUUGCGCAGAGGUCUUCUUCUGCUUUGGGAACUCGGUAGCAUCCACUCGCUUUAUGCUGCAAGACGAGUUUCACAUUCAAACAACCAAAUGCGAUAACUGUAUCAUUGGUUGCAUGGUUUGCCUCCAACAAAUUGCUUGUAUAUUUUCCAUCAUCGCUUGCCUUCUUGGAAGCGAGGAACUCAGUGACGCGUCUCAGUUGCUCAAUUGCUUAGCCGAUCUCGUUUUUUGCACGGUUUGCACAUGCAUGCAGACACAACACAAGGUUGAAUUAGACAAACGAGAUGGGACAUUUGGGAUCCGUCCAAUGGAUGUUCCUCCGAUCCAGGAAAUGUCAAGGAUCGAUCAGCCAUAUCCGCCCCAUGUCCACCAGUACGGACCACCGUCCUAUGGUUACCCUCACCAACAUCAACACCAUCAACCUGGCCAUGGCUACCCACAUAUGUAUCCUCCGCCAUCUGGCUACCCACCUGCCGGUUAUCCACCACCACAAGGCUACCCUCCUUAUCCACCUCCACAAGGCUACCCACCUUAUGCUUCUCCACCUCCACCUCAUCAUCAAGGCAACCAACCACAGCCCCCAAAUCCACCUACCAACCAACCUCCAGGACCAGGUCAAUAUAAGUUGAAGAAAUGUAGCUUCUCUGAAUGGAAAGAUGAAGAACACGCAAAAGAGUACUACAAAAACCUGCUAUAUUCUCUGAAGCAGAAAGUGGAUGCUAAAGAGGAUAUGUCUGAGAUGAACAAUUUGAGGAGAAGGAUUGCCGAAGUGGAGUUUCUGUUGUCACGGGAGCAAUAUAAGGUGACAAAGAGCGAGAAAGAAGUUUAUGAUGCAAGGAAGGCAAUAGGCAGGCACAGGAUGAUAAUUGUCUUGCUGUUUGCUUGCUUGGUCAUUUGUGUUUUGAUGUUAGGGGUGAUUGUACUUAGUUAG